GGAAAGGGAGAGCCCCGUUUGGGCGGGUCACGUCCUCGCAGCUGGCAUCUCUAGUUAUGACGCUAACGGACAACGUAUGGCGCGUUUCUGUCUUCCCGGGGCUUUCAAUUUAACGCAGGGUUUUAGCAAAGCUAUGAGAUUCGAAACCUAGAACAGGACAAAUUCCUUGGUUCCAAGUUCUGAUCUCUAUCGGAUUUGAGAUUUUUGUUAACGGAGGAGAGGGUUGAAGAGGGAUUGGUUCAUUUUGCCAUGCAAACGGAGGCUAGGGUUGGUGUAAUGAUGGAAGGAAGGCAGAGAGCUCUCAGUUCUGGUCAUGGUGGAGUGGUUUCUGUCGCUCCGAAAACAUCAUCGCUUCAGCAAUCGCAGAUUCGGACGGUGUCACAGCUUCAAUCUAAUGGCGUUGCUGGUGCUUUUAGUAAGACCUGCACGGCGCCACUCGCCCGCCUCACGAUUCUCUUUCAGGUGCAAGGGAUGCACUCUUGGCACGAGGCUUCACGAAUUGCUCUUGAAGAAGGAAUAAGAGCUUUUGUUACAAUUGCUCAUCGUCUGCCUUAUUCUUCUAUCAAUUUCUAUGCAUAUGAGCACUACAAAAAGUUACUACACAUGAUCCCAGGUUUUGAACUUCAUAGGGAUCACGUGAGUGCGUUGUUAGUUCACUUCCUGGGUGGUGGCUUGGCAGGUUUUACGGCAGCAUCAACUACAUAUCCCCUAGACCUUGUAAGGACUCGCCUUGCUGCUCAGACGCAAGUGAUCUAUUACAAAGGUAUUUGGCAUACUUUGCGAACAAUUUGUAGAGAUGAGGGUUUUCUAGGUCUUUACAAGGGACUUGGAGCAACAGUACUGGGUGUCGGUCCCAACAUCGCUAUCAGCUUUUCAGUGUAUGAAAGCUUGAGGUCCUUCUGGCAGUUCGUAGUUUGCCGUGACCUUCCCUCUGGACCUAGUGAGUAGGCGGAAGCAGUUGGAAGGAGCCUGUGGCCGAGCACGGGUGUAUACAACAGGCCUUAUUGGUGUUUUCAGGCACAUAUUGAGGACAGAAGGCUUCCGUGGUUUCUAUCGGGGGGUAUUUUGUCCAAGUAUUACAAGGUUGUGCCUGGGGUGGGCAUUUGCUUCAUGACAUAUGAAACACUUAAGAGCCUUUUAGCAGAUACAAAUGGCUGAAAUGACUUGUGGAUAGAAAUGGGAUUUCGUGGCAAAUAACAAAGCGAAUUUGUUGGUGGGAAUCCUCAUAAUUCUGUACUUGAGAUUGAUAGGAACACUAAAUUGACCUCUAGACAGUCAAAAGUAAUAGCAUUAUAUGAGUUAAAAACCUUUUUAAGAAUUAAGAUAAUAUGAGUACAAAAGCAUAUGAUUA